AUGUCUACCGCAGAAAAGUAUUCUGUUAGGGGCGGGAGAAGGGGACGGGGGGGUAAAGGAGGAGGAGGGGGAGGAGGGAGCAGUGCCAAUGGCAAUGGGGGGUCGGGUUCUGGAGGGACAGUCGGGGAUGCGGAGGGCUCCAACACCAGGACGGCAUCUUGGAGGGCUUCCCGGUUGAAGCCAGCUGUUGAUGAGUACGGAUUCGUUAGCAAAGGUUAGUUUCCAAGCCUCUCGACACUUGCUUGCUGGGGAACUGAGGGGGGUGUGGAGCUAAUAGUCGAGUAGGAGAUACUAGGUAUAACUUCCCCUGACCAGUUCGCCCGGUCAAGCACUAACCUGCGCAUCCGAAAAAAAAAAAAAGAUUACUGGAUAAAAAGAACCAGGAAAAGUUAGCCAUCCCCCUGCCCACAAUGAACUAACCCCCUCAGCAAUCCAACUUUCAGAUCCCGACAGCUCACAUGCACCAGGUAUUACGCCGAGAUUGCUGAAAAGUACGUCAAAUUUUGCGGCUCUUCAGAUAGUAGCACAGACCUCGACGUCAAGCUGGCAGCCGCAAUCCCCUCAACGAAUGCAAUAGCAGCCCAGGGUAAAAAUGCCCGCUACGCCGACUCCCAUAACGCCGAACUCGCCAGCAUAAUACUCUCGAUGCGGAAGCUGCGGGAAGGGAUUGUGGGCUCUUCCCGGGUCGAUGCUUUCUCCUCCAAGGCUUACAUGUUUAUGAUCCGGAUAUCAAUCCUCAUGAAGCAUCCGGAUUCAUACCACCCCGCUAUUCAACACUUGCUCUACGAUAUCCACCCGGACGUGCCAUUGUCGGCUAGCGAGAAGCAGGAAUUUGCGGGAUACCUUAUGCUUCAUCUUGCGAGUAAGAUGGAGGCUUAUAACGAGGCAUUCAUGAUCAAGAGGGAGUUUCAGGUUACGGAUUAUAGGAUCCUGCAGGCUCUUGAUGCGAUGAUCCAAGGCAAUUACUGGAGCUUCAGGGCUACGCGGAGGAAGGUGGAUUUGUAUAAAGCCAGGUUAUUGGAGGACGCGGAUCAGCGGAUGAGAGAUCACACGCUGAAAUGUUUGGGGAAGAGCUACUUCACCGUGGAUGUGGGUUACUUGGAGAGCGUCACGGGGACUAAAUGGGAUGGAUUGAAGAAGGAAUGUGGCGUGGGAUGGGAUAUGAACAGUGCUGGAAUCAUCACCAUCAGGAAGCAGAGGAGGCCCGAGCAAAAGGCUGCUCCGCCGACACCGACGGUAAAAGUUGGAUACGAACUCUAA